AUGAGUAUAAUUCAAGCUCUUCAUCGUAUUGAGAGAUUCGAUCCAACCAAAGAAUACAAUGAUAACUAUGCAUCACCAAAUCCAGAUGAAAUCAGAAUGAGUGAACCUGCUAGAAGACUGCAACCUCAGAAGUGUGCAUUGGAAGCUGGUGAAGAUCCAGAGUCUGAUCUUUUUAAAUCUGAAAGAUGUAUUCAUCAAGAAGGUAAUAUGAAAUGUAAUUCAUUGAUCUUAGAAUAUUCCAACAGUAAUUCAAGAUGUAUCAAGCACCACGCAGAAUAUAGAAUGAGAAGACAAAGAAGACCAACUUUAAAGAAGACAAAUAAAGCAUAA